ACAGAACCCAUCAUGGCCAGUCAGGUUGUUCUGGUGUGUGGAGGAUCCCUAUGAAGAACCUGCAAGGAAGAAGGAAGCUGACGAGAAGCAAGGGUGAGCCGGCUCCACCAUGGUGACCGUACUUGAGCGAGACUCCAAGUGUCAGCGAUCUGCUCCACCUCCCCAGUGUAUCCGAUUCCAAAGACAUGGGAGUGAACCUGGUGACAAUGGUGCUGCUUCUGGCAAAAACAUUGAUUCGUGCAAAAGCAGGUUCCUGCUCUUCUGGAAGCGCACUCACUUGUGAAGACUGUUUGAGGCUUGGGCCGCUGUGCGGUUGGUGCUUCCAGGAGGACUUCAGCGACGAUUCAAAUUUUGGUGGGAGAUGUGAUACUCUUGAGAAUCUUUCGUCGCGAGGAUGUCCUCGGCAGUUUAUUGAGUCCCCUUUCAGCGACCUUCGGGUUAUAAAAGGCGAGCCUGUGAGUUUAAGCAGCGAGAAGAGGGACGGGAUAAGGAUACAAAUGUCCCCACAAAAACUUGCACUUAACCUGCGACCAGGCAGUCAGCUGACAUUUGGAGUGGAUGUGCGGCAGUUUGAAGAUUACCCAGUCGACCUUUAUUACCUAAUGGACCUUUCUGCCUCUAUGAUCGAUGACCUGAACAGAAUUAAAGAACUGGGCUCCUCUCUCUCCAAGGAAAUGGCCAAACUGACCAGUAACUUUAAACUAGGCUUCGGAGCAUUCGUAGACAAGCCAAUGUCUCCUUUCAUCAAAACGACUCCGAAGGAUUUAGCCAAUCCCUGCUGGACUCAGGACACAGAAUGUUUGCCUACAUUUGGUUAUAGACACAUGCUUUCGCUGACUGAAGACACAACAAGAUUUAAUGAAGUUGUUCAAAAACAGCAAAUUUCUGCAAAUGUAGAUGAUACUGAAGGAGGAUUUGAUGCAAUAUUACAAGCAACUGUCUGUAAGGAAAAAAUUGGUUGGCGUAAUGAUUCCUUACACUUGUUGGUAUUUGUGACUGAUGCUGAUACCCAUUUUGGAAUGGACAGCAAGUUGGCUGGAAUUGUCAUCCCUCAUGAUGGAAAAUGCCACUUAGACAAUGAGAACAGAUAUGCCAAGUCAACAGCAAUGGAAUAUCCCUCACUUGGGCAACUCAUAGAAAAGCUUGUGGAAAAUAAUAUCUUGCUGAUUUUUGCUGUGACAGAUAAGCAGCUGAAUACGUACAAGAAUUAUGCAACACUAAUACCUGGUGCCACAGUGGAGCCACUCGCAAGUGAUUCUGGAAAUAUUCUUCAAUUGAUUAUUAAGGCCUACAAGGAACUGCGAUCUGAGGUUGAGCUGGAAGUGACAGGAGAUACCGAUGGAGUGCAGUUCUAUUUCACUGCUAUCUGUCAAGAUGGUACUAUCCUCCAGGGACAGAAAAAAUGUUCUCACCUCUACAUUGGAGACACAGUGUCUUUCAAUGUGACUGUAGAAUUGAAGGAGUGUCUGAAUGAACAUAAGCAUAUUGUAAUCAAGCCCUUUGGAUUCAGAGACAGCCUAGAGAUCGAGAUACAGCCAGCCUGUAGCUGCAGCUGCCAAUCAAAUGCGGAACACAAUAGCUCAAGAUGUAGCAAUGGCAGUGGCUCUUACCAAUGUGGUGUAUGUGUUUGCAAUGCUGGCCGAUUAGGUCCUCAUUGUGAAUGUACAGAAGAGAACAUAAACAUGGGUACCUGCAGGCACAGUGCAGAGAACAUUUCCUGCAAUGGUCGAGGAGACUGCUACUGUGGGCAGUGUGUCUGUCAUCCAUCUGAAUUUGGACAAAUAUAUGGUGCCUACUGUGAAUGUGAUGAUUUUUCCUGUGUGAGAUUUAAAGGGCUUCAGUGUGCAGGUCAUGGGCAGUGUGAUUGUGGAGAAUGUCACUGUCACCAAGGAUGGAGUGGUGAAUACUGUAAUUGUACUACAAACACCGAUCUUUGUAUUUCUGAAGAUGGUGCAAUAUGUAGUGGACGCGGAGAGUGCAUCUGUGGGAAAUGUGUCUGCACACAUGCAGGACCCUCGGGAGAUAAAUGUGAAAAAUGUCCAACUUGUGGUGACCCCUGCAUUUCCAAACGGAUCUGCGUUGAAUGUCACCUUUCUAACAUGGGUGGAUCAGUAGAAGAAUGCGAAGAAAAAUGCAUGAUAGUUGAUUCCACAGUCAAUCAAACCACAGAAUUUGAAGAAAACCAAUCAAUCUACUGUUCUUUGAAAAGUGGCAAUGACUGCACGAUAUCAUUCCGUAUUGUUAAUGAUCAACAUGGAAGAUCAUUUCUUUAUGAUCUUGAACAAACAGCUCUAUUAAAGGAUCACACCCCAGAUAUGAAUCAAGAAGAAAGACCUGAAGAGUGCCCCUUGCCUCCAAAUGUACUAAUGAUAGUUUUGGGAAUAGCUUUGGCAAUCCUUGUGGUCGGUUUGGUUAUCCUCAGUAUCUGGAAGAUGUUUAUAUCCAUUCACGAUCGCAAAGAAGUGGCCAAAUUUGAAGCAGAACGAGCAAAAGCUAAGUGGCAAACGGGUACAAAUCCACUUUACAGAGGGUCAAUUUCCACAUUUAAAAAUGUGACCUAUAAAAAUUAUGGAAAAAAGGAAGUCACUACUAUUGGGAAUUAAUGCUUAAUUUAUUGGAAAAUUGUAAGUUUAACCGAUAGACCUGAUGCACUUUUAUGUUUGCUUAUGUCUUAAUCAUUUACAUUUAUAUGCAUGUUUUAGAAUUUUGUCUGCCUCGUGUAUAUAAAGUUUGUAACACCAUGUGUAUAUUUUGAAGACUUAUUGUAUAUAUCAGAAUGGUUGUGAUAUUUUAAUAGAAAAUUGUAUUUAUAUAAUGUGUUUAACAUAUUGUGACAUCCCAAGGCACUUCAAAGAAUGUUAUCAAAUAAAAUUUGACACCAUGCAGAUGAAGAGAUACUAGGGAAUGUGACGAAAUAGGAGAUUUUAAAAAUUGUCUCCAAAGAGAAGCCUGCUAUAGAGGAUAGGCAAAUUAGUGCAGGACGUAUACACUUAAUGGUAGGGCCCUGUGGAGUGUUGCUGAACAAUGAGAUGGACAAGUGCAAAUACAUAGUUUCUUGAGAAUGGAGCCACCGGUAGACAGGCUGGUGAAGAAGGCAUUUGGCAUGUUUGCCUUCAUUGGUCAGUGCAUUGAGUACAGGACAUGGAACAACAUGUUGCAGCUGUACAGGACAAUGGUUAGACCACUUGGAAUGCUGCAUUCAAUUUUGGUCCCUCUGCUAUGGGAAAGAUGUAAAACUUAGAAGGGUUCAACAAAGAUUUACAAGGACGUUGCUGGGAUUGGAGGGGUUGAACUAUAGGGAGGGGCUGAAAUGGCUGGGGCUAUUUUCCUGGCAUGUCAGAGGCUGAGGGAUGGCCUAAUAGAGGUUUUUUAAAUCUUGACGGGCAUGGAUAGGGUCAAUAGGCAAGAUUUUUUUUCCCAGGUUAGGGGAGUCCACAACUAGAGGUCAUAGGUUUAAGGUGACAGAUGAAAGAUUUAAAAGGAACCUGAGGGGUAACACUUUCAUGCAGAGGAUAGUGCAAGUGUGGAAUGAGCUGCCAGAGGAGGUGAGUACAAUUACAACACUUAAAAGGCAUCGGGAUGGGUGCCUAAAUAUGAAGGGUUUGGAGGGAAAUGGGCCAAAUGUUGGCAAAUAGGAUUAGAUCAGUUUAGGAUAUCUGGUAAGCAUGGAUGAGUUGGACCAAAGAGUCUGUUUCCGUGCUGUAUAACCCUAUGACUGUAAUGUGGUUGUAAUUAUCCAAUUCUUAAGAGUAGAGGAGUGCAAUAGCUACAGUUUCUCUGUAGAAACAUCAAUACUAAAUUUUCAAAUACUACUGUAAUAUGUUCAUAUUAUGUGCUUAAGAAUGUGGCCUUGGAAAAUUGCUCUCUGAAAAGCUAUUGUCUUUGUUUUAAAUUACUAUUUUAAUGGAAAUGUAACCUACAGACUUCAAAUAGGUUAGCAGUUCUGUUAAAGUUAUGGACAAGGGAAAGUGAUCUGAUAGUUUUAUUGAAUAUACACUAAAUUCUAUUAUGUAAUUUCUAGACUUUAUGGUCAUUUUUGUUUAUAUGUAAAACUUAUUGAAGAAAUUCCAGUAGUUAAGAGGAAAACUGUAGAGCAAAACCGUUAUAAAUAGUGAGUUCUGUUUUUAUUUACAGCUUUACUCAUUUGGUGAGACAUUAAAAACAUAUAAGAUUAAAAAGUGGAGAGAUCAUUGAUAAACUACUCAAAUUCAGAGAUGAAACAUCUGGACUGGAUGGAAUGUAUCUGUGCAUUUAAAAACAUAGGGAAGACAUAGAAAGAGACUUACUUGUCGUUUAUAUAUUAAAUACAUGAUAAAAGGGAAUAGUACCAGAGAACAUGUAGGCAGCUAAUGUGAUUUUUACAUUUAAAAAGUGAUAAAGAAUAAAGCUAGAGAACUAUAGAUCAAUUGGCUUAAUAGCAAUGGUAGGAAAGAUAUUAGAAUCUUUACUCAAAUAUGUAACAGAAAAGUAUGAAGGCUGAAAAUAUUAAAAAAAAUCAGCAUUGGUUUCAAAAGGGACAAAACCUUGACAAGACUUAGUAAAUUUUUUGAACUGGGAACAGAAAGAGCAGAUGAGGGUAAUGUAGUAGAUGUGGAAUAGUAAGGUAUUGCUCAGUGGGCUCAUGAUUACUGUCAGUCCAUAUGGAGUCAGGAGAGAACAGACAGUGAACUGAACAUCAGGCCAAAUGCAGAAUGGAAUUUUCCCUCUUUCAAACUAAAUUUCAAGAGCAAGAGAGUUUCCUGGACAGAAACACUUGGCUUCCUUUGGUCAGAAAUCCCACUGGAUCAUCCAUUAUUUCGGCAGCCAAGUAGAAUUGCGAAUCUGGAGCAGGAAGUUGGUCUACUCGGAUCUGUUAUCCAAUCAGAGGCUGACAUCUCCAGAACUGAGAAUCACUAGACCAGGAUAUCUUCCCCUUUGCCCCGCAAAACCUUGGAUGAAGGAUCACCACUGAGAAACCUAAGUGCUGCUUGGAAUUGGGGUUACUGGACGGGGAGCCAUAAGGAGGAGGAAGGGGAGUAUGAAGCAAAGGCUGGGGUGUGGCUCCUAGAUGCUAAUUCUGCCCCAAUUCUAUUACCUCAGGAUUGCACAAAACAGUAGAGAUUGAGACCCCAACAAACUGAAAGCUUGCAUGGACUGGUUUACCACUUUGUCAUUUCACCCGAUGGUGAGGUACUCACAGCCCAGGUAGAUUACCACCUUUAGACUGUUAUUGACUGCACACUUAGAGGCCUUAAUUGACAAGGCAGGAGGGUUGACCAUGGACCUUCACACCCAAAACGUAUUUAAUGGGUGACCUCAGUUCUCUGAAGAAGGGUUACUGGGCCCAAAACGAUAAUUCUGCUUUCUCUCCACAAAUGCUGCCAGACUUGCUGAGUUUUUCCAUCAAUUCCUGAUUUAGUCUCAUUCCCGGUACUCCUUGUUGAUCCCAAAAGGAUAUGAAAUGUCAAAUUCAAGGAUGAAGUGCUGCUCUUUGAGAAUCUGUUGAGCAGUUUGGGACCCUAAAGGAACAGGUAUUAGAUUGGCAGUGGGACAGAGAAUUAAAAUGGCAAGGAACCAGAAGCUCAAAAUGUACUUACAGACUGAAGAAGGGUAUUCCACAAAAUGAUCAUCCAAUCAACAUUUGGUUCACAGAUGUAGAGGGCUGAUCAUGAGCAGCAAACACCGUAUGCCAAAUUGAAAGAUGUACAAGGAAAUUGAUGCUUUGCCCUUGGGUCCCGGAAAGUAGAAAGUAAGAGGGCUGUUGUUAUAUCUCCUGUGCUUGCAUGGAACAGUGCCAUAGGGAAUGAAGUCUUAGAAAUGAUUGAAGAAUGGACCAGGGUGUCAAAGAGAGAAAGUGUCCCUCAAAUGCUGAAAGCCGAUGGCAAGAUGUAUUUGGUGAUGGUAUUGCUUGUCUUACAGAACAAGGUCCAUUAGGUAUGGAAGAAAGUAAGUUGGUACGUGAAGAUAAGGAAAUCCCAUUGCAGUUUUGGGAGGGAGAGAAAAGAGUGAGGGAAGAAGUGUGGUAAAUGGUAAAGAUAUGAUUAUGUUUGAGGUGAAUCCUUUCUUGAAAAAUGAGAUGACAUCUUAGAAGCAGUGAUGUGGAAAGUCACAGCAUCUGAACAGAUAUGCAAGAAGCAGAGAAACUAUAAGAUUUGAAUGGAAUCCUUGCCAGGUGUAAGGUAGAAGAAAGUAUAAUCAUGUUAGCUAGGGGAAUGAGUAGACAGAGGGAAAUGCCACUUAAGAGUUUCCAUAGUUUUCCACAAAACAUGCUAAGUUCAAAAAUUGAGUUUGAGAAAGCCAUACUUUGCAUUGCAUGUAGUAAAAGCAAGAAUUCAUAUUUCAAGGGAGUACUGACAUAGUGAAUGUUUUGAUGUCAUUAACUGGUUUGUGUGAAUAUAAUCAUCUCCUAGACUCACUGAUUUUUUUUAACUCUAACCAACUACUUGGAUGUGUGGAACUUGAAGAAAAUAUGAAAUAAAUGUUUAUUUCUUUUGUU